GUUCUUUCAUGAACAUCAAGUACUUUGCUGAAGCAAGUAUUUCAGCAUCAAUAAUUAACGAAAUGAUCGAAAGAAUCCCAUCCAUUGAUUCCGAAGAUCCACAAGGGAUGACAAUAUCUGAACUCAAAGGUACUUUGGAGUUCAAAGACGUUGACUUCGCGUACCCAUCAAGACCGGAAUGUUUGGUUCUGAAACGGUUCAACCUUAAGGUGAAGGCCUGCCAAACCGUUGGAUUGGUUGGUCAAAGCGGGUCGGGUAAGUCAACGGUCAUAAAUCUACUUGAAAGAUUUUAUGAUCCUAUUGAAGGUGAGCUUCUUUUGGAUGACAUCAACAUAAAGUCACUAAACUUGAAGUGGUUACGUGGACAAAUGGGGUUGGUGAGUCAGGAGCCUAUACUUUUUGCUACGUCGAUUAAAGAGAAUAUUCUGUUCGGGAAAGAGGAUGCUACAAGUGAAGAGAUUGAAGAGGCGGCCAAACGGGCCAACGCACAUGAGUUUAUCGCGCAAUUACCUAAUGGUUAUGAGACAUUGGUUGGAGAAUUAGGAACUCAAAUGUCUGGAGGGCAAAAACAACGAAUUUCGAUAGCCCGGGCCUUACUUAGAGACCCGAAAAUCCUACUUCUAGACGAAGCCACAAGUUCACUAGACUCGCAUUCUGAAAAGGCGGUCCAAGAGGCGUUAACUCGCGCUUCAAUAGGAAGAACAACAAUAAUCGUCGCACACCGUUUGUCUACUCUACGUGACGCUAACAUAAUCGUCGUGAUUCAAUCAGGCGAAGUGAUCGAGUCAGGAUCACAUGAACAACUUCUAGUAAACACAAAUGGACCGUAUUCGGUCAUGGUCCAGUUACAAAAAACAUUGGCACCCACUCAAAGUGUAACGUUAACCGAUAGCGUCAUGAUGACAUCAGAAACAACAGAAACAACGGUAACACGAGUUACGAGAUCAUGUCACAAAGAACCGACGAACGAACACGCGAAAGAAGAACAAGACAGCCGUCCUACGUGGCGACAGCUCAUCCAAAUGAACCAACACGAAUGGAAACCCGCGUUAGCGGGCUGCAUAGGAGCGUUACUUAGCGGGUUAAUUCAACCAUCGCUCGCUUUUGCUCAAGGCGCGAUGCUAUCCAUGUUUUUCCUCAAAGAUCAUGACGAACUUCGUUCGCAAACAAGAACUUUAUGCUACGCUUUCGUAUCGAUUGCUGUCUCAGCUUUCGUCAUUAGCGUGAUUCAACAUUACUAUUUCGGGAUAAUGGGCGAGAACUUAACAAAAAGGGUACGCGAAACGAUUUUCAAAAAGAUAAUGACGUUUGAGAUCGAAUGGUUCGAACGAGAAAACAACAGUACAGGCGCAUUAUGCUCGAGACUCGCUACCGACACAAUAAUGGUAAGAAACCUUGUAGCGGACCGAUUAGCAUUUUUUGCACAAACGAUUUCGGCUUCAAUAUCAGCGGUUAUUCUAAGUAUGAUAUUAUCUUGGCGAGUAGCUCUUGUUGCUAUCGCGUUACAACUAGUAAUCAUAGUUAGUUUUUACUUAAAAUCGCUAAUAACGACAAGCCCAGAAAACAAAUGCAGCGAAAUAGCGAGUGAGGCGGUAAACAACCAUAGAAUAAUCACAGCGUAUCACUCGCACGGGCCGGUUAUGAGGAUAUUUGAAGGCACGCAAAAAGGCCCGAAUACGGAGAGUAAAAAGCAGAACUGGUAUGCGGGGGUUGCCUUAUUCGCUAGACCGUUUUUAACUAAUGUUAAUGUAGCGGUAUUAUUUUGGUACGGCGGAAAGCUUUUAUAUCAAGGAAAUAUAACAUAUAAACGCCUUUUCCAAACGUUCUACGUCGUGGUGUUAGCCGGGAUGAUCAUCGCUGAAACCGGUAGCAUGACGGGUGAUCUCACAUUGGGAAAAAACGCGCUAAAAUCUAUAUUCGUGAUUUUAAAACGACAAACGAAAAUGAAAGUUAAAAGUGAGUCAAACCAGCAUGCAGUAAGCGCGUUAAAGGUAAACGGGCUCAUAGAGCUAAAAGAUGUGGAUUUCUUUUAUACAAGUAGGCCGACGAAAUGGGCCCUUAACGGGUUAAGCUUGAGGAUAGAAGCGGGAGAAGUUGUUGCGCUUGUUGGAACGAGUGGUUCGGGAAAGUCAACUGUUAUAGGUAUGAUCCAACGGUUUUAUGACCCGUUUAAAGGGUCUGUUGAAAUAGAUGGAGUGGAUAUUAGUUGUUAUGAUUUGAAGGCGAUACGGUCAUUUAUCGCGUGGGUUGGCCAAGAGCCUACGCUGUUUGCGGAAACGAUUAAGGAAAAUAUUGCUUAUGGGAAAGAUAAUGCAACUGAAGCUGAGAUUGUUCAAGCAGCAAGUCUUGCUAAUAUUCAUGAGUUCAUAAGUUCAAUGAAAGACGGAUACGACACUUUCUGUGGCGAAAGAGGGGUGCAAUUAUCAGGUGGACAAAAGCAAAGAAUCGCGAUUGCACGCGCAAUUUUAAAAAACCCCGCCAUUAUACUUCUAGACGAAGCAACAAGUGCGUUAGACCUAAAAUCUGAGGCACUUGUACAAGACGCGUUGGAGAAAACCAUGAGCGGUAGGACAUGCGUCAUUGUAGCCCAUCGAUUAUCUACGAUUCAACGAUCAAAUAAAAUAUCGGUGAUUGAUAACGGUAGAGUUAUAGAAGAAGGUUCUCAUGAUGAUUUGUUAGCAAAAGGAGAAGCUUAUUAUUCUCUUUUUAGCCUUCAACAACAAGCUUUCCAUAUGUAGGGAUUACGUUUUGUAUGUAUUGUUUGCAUAAGAAUAAAGUACACAGAUGGUCCCUAUGGUUAAUCAAAA